CUCAGUAUAAAUUAACUCUGGUACACGACGCCUCUCUUUCCUCCAUUUUUCAAAAUCCCUCUUACCGAGCAGAAAACCCUAAUUUCAGCCGGAGAGCCAUGACGGAGGUCGAACAAUCGCGCUCGGAGAAAGAUGCCGACACCGGAGACUACAUGAUCAAGCCGCAGAGUUUCACUCCAGCCAUCGAUACAUCCAACUGGCCAAUCCUCCUCAAGAACUACAACCUUCUCAACGUCCGUACCGGCCACUACACUCCCAUCGCCGCCGGUCACUCUCCCCUGAAGCGUCCAAUUCAAGACUACAUCAGGUACGGUAUAAUCAAUCUCGACAAACCAGCGAACCCUUCUUCUCACGAGGUCGUUGCUUGGAUCAAGCGUAUCCUCCGUGUGGAGAAGACUGGUCACAGUGGCACUCUUGACCCUAAGGUCACCGGAAACCUCAUUGUCUGCAUCGACCGAGCCACACGGCUUGUGAAAUCGCAGCAAGGCGCCGGUAAAGAGUACGUCUGUGUAGCUCGGCUUCACUCUGCUGUUCCCGAUGUUGCUAAAGUCGCUAGAGCCCUCGAAUCGCUCACCGGAGCUGUGUUUCAGAGGCCUCCUCUCAUCUCUGCCGUGAAGAGACAGCUUAGGAUUAGGACAAUCUAUCAAAGCAAGCUGCUUGAGUAUGAUGCGGACAGGCAUUUGGUUGUUUUCUGGGUUUCUUGUGAGGCAGGUACUUACAUUAGGACCAUGUGUGUUCACUUGGGUCUGCUUCUUGGUGUCGGUGGCCAUAUGCAGGAGCUUAGGAGGGUCAGGUCUGGGAUUUUGGGUGAGAAUGAUAAUAUGGUUACAAUGCAUGAUGUCAUGGACGCCAAAUGGAUGCAUGACAAGCACAAUGAUGAGGCUUAUCUCAGGAGAGUGAUUAUGCCUCUUGAGGUGAUAUUGACGAGCUACAAGAGGCUCGUCGUCAAGGAUUCAGCUGUGAAUGCAAUCUGUUAUGGUGCUAAGCUGAUGAUUCCGGGGCUGUUGAGGUUCGAGAACGACAUUGAUGUUGGCACCGAGGUUGUUCUGAUGACGACUAAAGGAGAGGCCAUUGCUGUUGGGAUCGCUGAGAUGACCACUUCUGUGAUGGCUACUUGUGAUCACGGUGUGGUUGCUAAGAUCAAGCGGGUGGUCAUGGACAGAGACACUUACCCGAGGAAGUGGGGAUUGGGACCUAGAGCUUCGAUGAAGAAGAAGCUUAUUGCUGAUGGGAAGCUGGAUAAGCACGGGAAGCCGAAUGAGAAAACUCCUGUAGAGUGGAGCAGGAACGUGGUUUUGCCUACCGGUGGAGAUGCUAUGAUUGCUGGUGCUGCUGCUGCUCCUGAGAAGGAUGAGAAGAAGGUUGAGGCUGAGAAUGGAGAAGCAGGGGAAGCUCGUAAGCGCAAGCAUGAUGGUAAUGAUAGCCCUGCUCCUGUUUCAACCAAGAAGGCUAAAACCAAAGAAGUUGAAGGAGGCGAGGUCGAAGAGAAGGUGAAGUCGAAGAAGAAGAAGGAUACAGAAGAAGAUGUCGGGUCUGAGAAGAAAGAGAAGAAGAAGAAGAAGGAGAAGAAAGAGGAGGAUAAAGAAGAGUUGUCAUCUCCAAAGUCUGAAAAGUCAGAGAAGAAGAAGAAAAAGAAGAGCAAAGAGGCAGAGGAAGCUACUGUUGAUGGUGAAGAUGACUCAGCAGCUGAGAAAAGUGGGAAGAAGAAGAAGAAAAAGAAGAGUAAAGAGGCAGAGGAAGCUGCUGUUGAUGGUGAAGAUGACUCAGCGGCUGAGAAUAGUGAGAAGAAGAAGAAAAAGGACAAGAAGAAGAAGAAGAAGAGCAAAGACAGUGAGGAUGACGAAGAAUAAGAUUAGUUUGUGUUAUGGUGAUCCUUUAAGUUUUGAAGUUUUUUUUAGUGUUGUGGUAUUACUCUGGAAAAAGUGAGACAAAAGGCAUUUAUGCUUGUAGUAAAAGUCUCACUUCAGAUUACGUUUUGUGUCUCUCAGUUUUUCAUGUUUUAUGUUUACAUUUGCAAGGUUA